GUAAAAGUCAUAUAAUAAAACAGAUAAUAAUAACAAAACAUAGAUAACAGUAAAUAUGCACAUCUGGUACCUGGGUGAGGGAAGCUUUAGAAGUCAUGGAAGCAAAUCACAAAGGAAAAUAUCUGUCAGUGUCACUACGUGAUAAAAGCCCCUCUAUGUUAAACACCAUAAACAAAAUUAUAGAUUAAUAUGCUAUGAAAAGCAAUGAAAUAAAUAGGUUAAUAGCCUUUAUGUGUAAGGUACUCACACAGAUUAAUAACCUGUAAAUAUAUGAGGUUAGAAAUACAAGUUAGUAAACACAUUGGAGAGUGGCUGGCCUCACUAGGUAGCUAUGAAAUGAAACAUUCAAGUGAAUCAAAGUACUGUUCUUGCCUGUCUUGGGACCUUUGCCCAUAGUAUUGGUUCCUUUGCAAGACUGACUUCUCAUCUCUUAAGACCCCAUGUGAAGCAUCACCUUAGUCAGGUCUUUUUGAACUGUGAGUUCUUGUGAGUUUUUUUGUGAGUACUGUGCUGAUUUCUUUUAUUGCACUUCACCUUUUGGAUUCGUCUAUUGGUUUAUUUACUUACUGUUUUCUUUCUCCACUAGACUCUAAGCCCUGAGAGGAAAAGGAUAAUAUCUGUCAUCUAGAAAGUGUUCAGUAAACAAUUACUGAGUGAAUAAGUGAAAUGAAUAAAAGACAAGUAAAAGAAAUGAAUACAGUGAGAUACCAUUUUUAAAAUCUGUUCUGUUUGCUGAAUUUUUUUUAAGGAAAAUACUGCGUGUGAGACAAGAUGGGAUCGGUACAGUCAUUGUGCUGCUGGAUAGUUGUGUGUUACCUUUCGGAAUGGAAGCUUUGUAAAAGGUGGCAAGAACUUUAAAUAUUGGUGCUUUUUGACCCAAUAAUUUUACUUCUUGGAAUUUAUCUUAAAGAAGUCAUCUCUACCAGAUGAUGGGGAAGAGUUCUUCCUAGCCCUUCCUAUAUUCACUGAAAUUCCUUCUUAAGAAAAGUAGAAGAAAUCUAAUUGAGCCACAUUUUAUGUGUCUUUUUUUGUGCCUUUCAAUGAAUAGGAUAUGCAGAGAACUCAACCCUUGGCUAGCCCAGUAUUCUUAUAUUCUAAUACUCUCACAAAGGUCUUUGAGAAUUCUUGCUGCUUGGGGCAUCUUUGUGCAGGUGGUAAAUUUGGGUUUGGCUUUGAGGGAAGGCAGGAGUCCUGUUUAGGCCCUGGGCCAAAUGAUAAUGCCUUAAAUCCAGUUUACUAAAGAACCUUGCUUUGGGGUAUCUAGCAGUAAUCCAGCUAAAGGGUGGUACUUUGAUUUCCUUUUCGAUAAAUUUCUCCCAUUCUCUCAGUCCCUCCCUGUCAUGCCAUCCCUUGCUCCCUAAUCUCUUUGUGGGGGGGUACAUUUGUAUAUUCUGGGUUUUCAAGUUUAGUGCUUCUCUUCUUUUUCAUGUCAGACACGUACAGGAAAUAUUUCAGGACCAAUAAGGAUAAUAGAAAGGACUGCUUAAGGCCAAAGGCUUUAAAUUCUUUGUGCUCAUUGUUUUUCAAAUAUAGGUUACAAUCCAUUUCUGAAAUCAAUCAAGUGGGCUGCAACUAUCAUUAACAUAAAUGAAGGCUGUUAGCAAAAGAUGGUGGAUCGUUUGGCAAACAGUGAAGCAAAUACUAGACGUAUAAAUAUAGUAGAAAACUGUUUUGGAGCAGCUGGCCAGCCCUUGACUAUACCUGGACGGGUUCUUAUUGGAGAAGGAGUAUUGACUAAGUUGUGCAGAAAAAAGCCCAAAGCACGGCAGUUUUUCUUAUUUAAUGAUAUCCUUGUAUAUGGCAAUAUUGUCAUCCAGAAGAAAAAAUAUAACAAACAACAUAUUAUUCCUCUAGAAAAUGUCACAAUUGAUUCCAUCAAAGAUGAGGGAGACCUGAGGAAUGGAUGGCUUAUCAAGACACCAACUAAAUCAUUUGCAGUUUAUGCUGCCACUGCCACUGAGAAGUCAGAAUGGAUGAAUCACAUAAAUAAAUGCGUUACUGAUUUGCUCUCCAAGAGUGGGAAGACGCCCAGUAAUGAGCAUGCUGCUGUGUGGGUUCCUGACUCCGAGGCAACUGUGUGUAUGCGUUGUCAGAAAGCAAAAUUCACACCUGUUAAUCGUCGCCACCAUUGCCGCAAAUGUGGUUUUGUUGUCUGUGGGCCCUGCUCUGAAAAGAGAUUUCUUCUUCCCAGCCAGUCCUCUAAGCCUGUGCGGAUUUGUGACUUCUGCUAUGACCUGCUUUCCGCUGGGGACAUGGCCACGUGCCAGCCUGCUAGGUCGGACUCCUACAGUCAGUCAUUGAAGUCUCCUUUAAAUGAUGUAUCUGACGAUGACGAUGAUGAUGACAGCAGUGACUAAGGACACGUUUUGAAAUAUUUAAUUGGAUGUGUCUAUCUGAAAAAUCAGCUCUGGGGGGAAUGUAAAAUGCUGAGCUUUCAUUUUGCUCUAGCCAUGGAUUUGCCUGAGAACUUUUAACCUAUGUGCCUCAAUAUAUUCUAUAGAAAAUAGGUCCUUUUAUCACUCCCACCCUCACCCACUGUUGCCGCCACUCCCCCCCUCACCUCCCCCAGCUCCCUACCCUUCUACAGGGAUAGACUAUUGCAAAUAUAUCAGAUAAUUUUUGGUUUCUUAUUCUUGAUUUAAUUCUAGACUAUUUUCUUGGAUGGUUGGGAAAAAGAUGUUUAUUUAACAUAUCAUGUACUACAUUGUUGUUUAUGUUCUGUUAUAUGGAAAAACUGAAAGCAAAGAAUGAUGGAAAAAGGAGUAUGAUAUGUUUAGUUAAUAUUAUUAGCAUUUUUCUAACUAUCCUGUCUAAUGGUUAAUACACCAGUAACAGAAAAAGACAUGCUUUGAAAAUAACUUUGUUUGGCUUUUUCAUAUACCAGGUGGUGCCUUAUCAUAAUAGCACUGUUGCAUGAAAUAAGCCCAUACCUUCUCACUUUUUAGUUUGUUUUAAAAGUACACUGGUGCUUUUUGAGAUGGUAAAAUGAAUGUUAAAUGGAUAUAAUUAGAAAAUACUUUUCAUUUGACAGCUGCAAAUAACUAAAUUCAGAGGUUCUUCAUUCUAUUUGAAUAAAUAUUUUUCCAUAAAAUAGUUGUGAUUAUGUUUUCACUUUUAUAGGUACCAAAUUAUAAUUGUCAAAUAUAUAUUUUACAUUAAUAGUAGGUUGUCAUUCUUGGGAACUUGGUUUGAAAUUUAUCAACUUGUCAUUGCAUUAUUUCUACUUUUAGUAAGACAUAUUUGUAGGUAUAAAUUCAUCUGCUUUAACAUUAUUUCCAGAAUGAAAGAUCUUAAAACUUCUUGAAAUUAAACAGUCUUUAAAAAAAAAAAAAUCUCAUGAUAGAGCACAGAUCUACUUAGGCUGAAGAUUUGGAAGAAAUAAUGUAUAAGAAUGAUGAAGACAGACCAGUUAAAUUUGACUAGACUUCAAGUCUGUGGAAGUAUUACCUAUUUCAGUGUGAAACUAUCUUGAAUUUACAAAUAUAGUGUUAUAUUUUAUAGAGUUUUGUAGAGCCCAAACAAUAUUUCUAUUUUUGUAAAACAGUUGUAUGUUUAAUCUGUUUCUGACGUUAUUUUGCAAUCUAUGAAAAUAGAGUAGCAAUUGAUCUUUCUAAUUUGUGAACUUUAUUGAGUCAGUCUAGAUUGCUUUUGAGAAGGAGUAAUUUUUCACUCUUUGCUUUUGAGGCAACCAUUUAGGUUGAAAGUAUAUUUAUCAUAUAAAACUUGACGCAUUUUGCACUACUCUCUCCAUUUGUAUGCUGCAAAUAACUAUAGUCUUUCAAAUAUGAAAAAGCAGUCUGAAGUUUUUUUAAAAUUCUAAAUUCUUUAAAAAUCUUUGAAUCUGGAUAUAUUGCAAGUGUCAUGAGAGGUUUCAUUUAAUAACUUGUGAUGGAGGAUUCUUUGGUUUGAUUAGGGCACUAACUUUACUUUUAAAUUGCGAAAGUACCUGAGAUACAUAAAUCUGUGAAAGAAAGGCACAACAGGUUGGUUGGUUGGUUUUAAUAUCAUAUGGACUUUUGUUUCUAAGCAAUAUAUACAUAUAAUCGAUAAACAUAUCUGAAAAUGACCGUGACACCUGAGAAGUGCUGAUGGAGACUUGCUGACGCAUAGGAACCGAACAAAUUCAGGAACCAAGGGGAAAUGUUCUGAGAUAACAUUUGUGUUGUCAACCUCUAUUGACUCUGUUUUUACAAUAAAAAAUAUUUUACAACUUA